UUUAGUACACAAAAAAUUUGCAUAAAAUCUGACUCCACCUUUCGACAAUUUUAUGAUAAUUGGAGAGAUUUUUGAAAUCUUAAUUCCGGACAGUGGGGUUAACAAAUAUAUAAAAAGUUUCAAUCAGUUCCAUCAGUCAGUCCAUCCAAAAUGUAUCAAAAAUCAUUACUUUUCAGUGCCCUCAUUGCAAUCGUAGCAACCCUGGACGACCCUCGAGCGGCCAAAAUAGUCGACUACCAAUCAGAACGCACCUCAGCCGGUCAUUACUUCUUCCGUUUUGAAAGCAGUGAUGGCAUAAUCCGGGAAGAGGAGGGCACCCUGCUCGACGAGAACGACCCGGAGUCUCCGGUUGUCGUCAAAGGCUCAUACACCUACACCGACUCGACCGGAAAACUCUACACGGUGCGAUAUAUCGCCGAUGAAAAUGGCUUCCACCCGGAAUUACCCACUCCGGUUAACAGCCCAGUCCUGAUAUCCGGUCCUCGUCCCCAACUCCAGUUCAUCCCGUCGACACCGCGGCCCCGGAUUCGCCCCGAAGUCACAACCCCCACCCGGAUUCAAAUUCCUCUCGAGUCCACGACACCGAAGACCUACAACGACCUCGACAAUAAACUGCAAGAGUCGAUAGUGGGGCUGCUUUCAAACGGACGAGGAUUCGCUGUGAACUAGCUUUGAUUUGUUGACUGAUUUUGUUAUUGUUUAGAGAGUUUAUUUUGUAAUAAAAUGAGAUUUGAUUUGAUGGGUUUUGUAAUUA